AAAAAACUCUAAUUUGAUUGGUUUGUCUGUGAAAAACUGGAUUAACGAAGUUUGAAUUUUGCAAAACUAGCCAAGAAGAGCACAGGCGAGAGAGACCUCAGGGCUGGGGCAGAGUUCAGUAGAUUACAAUUUAAAACGAACAGUGUUAUUUCGAUUUAAACAAUACACAGCCGCCUUGAAUAUAGAACUGAUCACGCCUGCCGAAUAGUUUAAAUGAAGACGCUCGGUAGCUGUAGUCAUAUUUACUGUUAUUAGUGUACUGCCUGUAUUCGGGACUUUGCAAACAGCACGAUAUAUUUAAAUCGAUAAUUGUGUGAAUGCAGCAGAGUUCUGCUGAAGGAAAGCAUAUUCUUUAUUUUUUUGUAUGAAAAUGUUUCACUACUCGUCGGCUGUGUUAAACAGCUUGGCUUCUUACAACUAAAUACAGCACUGUACAGACUAUUUCGUUUUGUUUUUCUAUAUUGAAUCUGAAUAUUAGUUAUUUAGGCGUACGGCAAGAUACCGUGCAUUAUCAUCCACAUUUCCAAUUCACUCAAGACUCCUGAAGCCUUGAAAUGGCGACUCAACAGGUCAAUCUGUCUAGUCAAGUCCUGGCUUUGAGACGCCGUUCUCUCCCUCAGCUCCGACAGAAGUCCCUCCCGAAUCCAGAGGCGACCGCAGCUCCCCCUAAACUGGUGGGCCAGCCCCCACUGGGGAAAGAAGGGGGGACCCUGAGACGACAGCCCCUGAAAGACAGGAAUAACGUCCAGAUCGGAGGUCUUGAAAAGCCCUGUUUAGAGAGGAGUGCUUCAGCAGGUGCCCCGGAGGGGAAGCUACUGAGACGGCAAGCUGUUAACACCAGGAGGUUCAGCCUGGGGGAUGGGGAUUUGAGACAGAUACCGAAGCACAGUGGGGUGGAGGCAGUGGGAAUGGCUGUUGAGAGCGUUCUGAACGGACUGCCUGCCUGCGGGGAGAAGGGUCUGGAAAGAGACGGAAGAAGUUUUCUCCCGAUGGAGGGAGGGGUGGUGUGGAGUCCAGGGAGCCCUGCCUCUGGAGGAACGGGGAGCGCUUGCAAUUGCACCUUUGAGAAGGCGUAUUGCGACGCAGCAGAAAUGCUGUCGGGCUUGGAGACGGAGGCUCCCGACAGCCCCCCUGUCGAGACGCUCCAGGGUACUGUGGUGCUGAGUGGCUACGAGGAGGAGGAGGAGGCAGAAACAAGCGAAGACCCUCCCAGCGCUGCCCGGAUUCAGUGUAACGACAUUGCUGAGCAAGUCCUUGAACUAGAAGGGGGCGGGACAGAACCUGAGCUGCACCCCCCACCUAUACUCCAGGGGAAUGAGCAGUUAGCCAGCUGCCGAUAUUUCAGCACCCCAGUAGCGGCUGAACUGUCAAAGAAGAGAUAUCUGAGCCCUGUCCUGGAGGAGUCUUGCUCUCUAGAUCAUAGGGGAAGGUCUCCACACAUGGUCCCCUCCCCCAGCAAGCACCCUGUGCAAGCUGCUUUAAUAGAAGAGAAGGAGGAGGUGUCAGAGAAAACGCCUGCUCUGUUUUGUAGCUUUUUCGCAGAGGAGUGUGUCUCCGUCGUAAACAAGAUCCUUAGCAAUCCUUCAACCCCAGGAACCCCCUGGAAAGCUGCUCAGCCAGCCAGGGAUGGAAGCAACGUGGACGUUUCUACCAUUGAGGCAGAACCCCUUCCUUGUGACUGGACCCCCAUGAAGUCUUUCAUAGAACAGUCUUGCAUCAAUCCCGAGACCUCUGAAAUGUGGGGGGUGAGCCUCCUGGACUUGGAGAAACUUAACCUGCAGCUGGUGGAGCUGAACGAAACCAGGGAGGAGGGAGGAGGAGGGCGGGAGGAGAACGACGAGAGCAAGGCUGCUGGAUCCUCGCUGCGUGACUCGGCCAAGCCCGACGCCCUAGCUCUGCUGGAACGGAUGCAAGCGCUGAGAAGUUGCUCUCUGUCCUCGCAAAGAAAGACUUGCGAGGAGUCUGAGAAAAAGGAGUGUGGGAAUGCCACGGAUCUGCUGGAAACGGUGGAGGAAGCGGAGGAGUUGUCAGGCAGCUGCUCCUACAGAGCGUCCGGCGCGGCUCAGGAAAGUCUGGAGAAAAAAGGGGAGGGCGCCAGCGUCGGAGGUAAUGCCACCAUCGAUCUGCCCAACACCAUGGUGGACCUGAAUGCAACCAUUGAUCUUCCCAGCACCACUGUGGACCUGAAAAAUGCCACCAUGGAAUUGCCAAAUGCCACCACGGACCUGAAGAACGCAGCGGGAAUGGAAGUGGAUCCAGCAAAGAGGGAGGCUGACCACAACCAGACCUGGGAACUGAAGCCUGGAGCUGCAGGCGGAGUGCCUGAAGGAGAGAGGGGAGCCACGGACAGGGUGGCAGGCAGAGGGCCUCCCAGCGAGAGCACUUUCAGCCGCAGUGUCUUGACAAGCCCUGUGGUUUCCCAGCAGGGCCAGGAUUGCUUCCUGCCGUGGCCUGCGGAUGGCAGCCCAGAUAUCAAGUCCUCCUGCCUGGUCACCUCGACCCCGCUUGCUGGGCCCAAUUUCCAGCAGGGCAAAGCGAUGAAGUGCCUCUCCUUCAACAGAGACUCCAGUGCCUUGUUCAGCAUUUCGAGCGCAGAGGGCAGCAGCAGCAGCAGCAGCAUCAGCAACAGCAGCAGCAACAACAAGCCACUCCAAUCGAACGCUCAGCCCAGCACCCUGCCAACUCGAGCCAGCCAGAGCGUCCGGCCCUCCAAUAUUCUGGGGCAGCAAAAGACUCUCCUGCCACCGUCGGUGACAGGGCUGCCCACUUUGUCUAGAAAGACACUGGUGCCCCCAUCGCUCCGCUCCACACGCCCCAAGACACUGGUGCCUCCGGGGGCUGUGCAGUCACAACACGCCUCCCUGGGGAACCCCCGCUUUGGCCUCCCUUCCGGACCAGCCCAACCUGGUGUCAAGAUUCAGAGACUCCCCAGGCCAGCAUCUGUGAAGAAGCCUGAAAGAGGAGGAGGGAAGAACUCCAGCACAGCAGAGACCUCUGUGUUCACUCCAGCGUGCAACUCCGCAAAGCCGGCUUCGAGUGGCCUCAAGCCUCCUGCAGCUACUGGUACCAAGGCGCUGGGCUCCAGCCUUCCCAAGCCAGCCCUCUCAGGGACGAGGCCCCCCCACAUGUCUCUGCAGGGGCCCAGGGUGUCUGCUGACCUGAAAGGGAAGGAAUUGCGAAAGCCAGGCUCAGUCAGCCCCAGAGGUCUUGCUACAAACAGUUCAGCCAUUCCAGGCCCAAGUGGGAUUACCCAGAAGCCCUCAGGGCCUGCAACCGCCUCUGGGGUGCGGAGACAGUCUGGGAAAUUCCGAGAGACUGAGGAAAGCAGCCUUCCAACGGCAAAGAGGCAGAAAAUCAUUCCAGGCUCGUCAAUCCCAAGUGUCUGCAGGAUUCCCCAGAAGCCCACAGCGUCUGCUUCUGCCCCAAGAGGACUGCUGAGGCCGUCUGUGAGGCAGAGCAGCCUGGUAACUCCAAAGAGGCAGAUAACAGGUCCUACCCCACGACCUGGCAGUGCCAAACCAAGAGGGACUCCCCUAAAACAAACUGUGGGUCCUUUCACCUCCGCUAACUUCACAUUUGAACCCAAGCAGCAAUCUGUGAGCCCCCCCAAACAAACAGAGGUUACUGUCCCGUCCGCCAACCUCACAUUCGAACCUGAGCAACCAGACUCCAGCCCAGCAAAAGAAACUCCGGAUCCUGCUCCAUCAGCCAGGCUCGCAUGUGAACCAGAGCAGCCAGCCGUGAGCCCGCCUGAACAAACUGAAGCUCCUGCUUCUCAAGUGGACCUCGCACCUGAACCGGAGCAGCCAGCUAGGAGCCCCCUGAAGCAAGCUGAGGGUGCUGACCCACCUUCCGGCCUGCCAGGAGCCGAGGAGCCUGCCCCACCUCUGGACCCCACCCAAGAACACAAGCGCCUCACCACUAGCAGCCCAGAACAAGCAGAGGUCCAAUCCAACUGCCCCAAACCUGAACCCGACCAGCCAGCAGUCGGCCCCCUUAAAGAAAGUCAAGGCUGCAGAGAGUGUGAGCGGUGUGCAUGGUACCAGCACGAGAAUCGGACCCUGACUGAGACAAUCCGAGCUCUCCGGGAGAGACUGGCCAAAGAGAUUAAUGACUGCUAAGCCGGGUGGAUGGAGGAGAGCCCAUACAAAAAGCAGAUGUGUGCUCUGAAAUCAAAAUAUCGUUUUUAAGAUGCUUUUUUUUUUAAAACAUAUACUCAAUGAGAUGUGAAAAAAAGAAAUGUAAUAUAUAUCAUACACGAAGAGUUUUAUGUAGAGCUGGGCCAUCGAUCUAUUCUUGCUGUAUCUGGAAUGUGAUAAUUGGGGUCUGUUUUUUGAGAUUUUAUUAUGUGAAAUGGCCGUCGUUUGUCUUAUACGAUUAAAUGUGUUUUGUAAAUUAAA